AUGGGUAACGGAUUGGGUGGAGUCCAUGAAGGAGGACAAAAAAGUUUCUUUGAGAAUGGAGAAGUAAAUAGACUUGAAACACUGUUGGCCGAGGGAAGGAUCUUCUGUGAUAUGCCUGCCUUGGCAGACAGAGAUAGCAUUCUUCAGAGGGAUACCCGCUUAGAGAACUCAUUGAUCUGCCAACCACAGCAGAGAAACAUCCAUGGUCGGAUCUUCGGAGUGCACCGAGCUUUUGAAUUGGCUUUCUCCACAGCUUAUGCCUUUGCUGGCCUGCUGCCUUGCUUUCUAGAGGUCGAUCAUGUUGACUUUUUGAGACCUGUGGAUGUUGGAGAUUUCCUGCGGUUCAAAUCUUGUGUUCUUUACACAGAAGCUGAUCCUGAUCAGCCCCUGAUUACUAUUGAAGUUGUUGCUCAUGUUACCAGGCCAGAACUCAGGUCCAGUGAGCUAUGUUCUACCAACUGCACAUUAAGAACAAGAAAGUUAAAUCUUUAGCCUUAGAAUGACUGCCAUCAGAAAUUAAAACAUGCAUAUCUUUA